UGUUGUCAAAUGUCAAAGAAAUUUUGUUGUCAUUUGCGUUCGUUUUUGGUAAAAUGGCUUUAUUUAGGAACAUUCUUCCAAAAAGAAGCUCAAUAAACACGUUUAUUAACGCAAUAUGGCAUCGUCAAAUGUCUGGAGACAACCCUAUUCAAUGCAAAGUUGCUGUUAUAACUGGCGGUGCUAUUGGUAUUGGUGUUGCUUGUGCUAAAUCGCUUUUGGAAAACGGUGCUAGGGGUGUAAUGUUGGGUGACAUUCGAGAAAAAGAAGGUAAAGAACUCGCAGCUGAAUUGAAUAAGACAUACGGUAAAGAUAAAGCCCUUUUUAUGAAAUGCGACGUAACCAAAAAGGAUGAAUUUGAAAAUCUGUUUAAGUGCACUUAUCAAAGGUUUCCAACUAUGGACAUCGUAAUUAACAACGCUGGACUAUUACAAGACAAAUAUUGGCCGCUUGAACUUGCUGUGAACGUGAAUGGUUUGGUGCAAGGAACACUAUUUGGUUUCCACUACAUGGGAAAACACGGUAAACAUGAAAAAGGAAGAGGCGGAGUUAUUGUUAACAUGGCGUCCAUCUAUGGGCUUCAACAGGCCUUCGCAUGCCCUGUUUACAACGGCACUAAAGGAUUUGUUAUUCGAUUCAGCAACGCCAUGUCCCAUGAAUAUUACGAGAACCUAACAGGGGUUAAAGUUUUGACAAUGUGUCCAGGGGUGACUGAUACCAAUAUGAUUGACGAAUCGAGCACCUACGCUUUGGAGGGCUUUGGAGACCUUGGAAAACUCGUGAGCGAAGGAUUGGCCAAUCUGCCACCCCAACCAGCUUCAGCUUGUGGGGACUGCUUGAUCAAAAUGUUGUGCAACGGCGAAAAUGGAGGCAUCUGGGUUAUUGAAGAAAGCGAGUGUUACAAAGUUCGGCUUCCAGACCGCCAGACUCUCCGUGUUUGUGAUUAAACUCUGUUACUCGUAUUUUGUAAAUUAUCGGUUUUAAAAAACUUCCAAUAAAUGUUUCGGCAAUUUACAA